CGCGCAGCGUGGGGAGGAUUUACUUUCAGGCAUCACAGAGGGCACCCUGGAGGGGCGGGGCCACGGGCGCGGCGCGGCUGUUAGAGGCCCCACGGGUGACGGCAGCGGUAGCGCGACGGAAGCUGUGUCUGAGCGGCGGCCCCUAGCGGUCGUUCCAAGGGUUUUGAGGCUCCGACGCGCCCGAGCGCGGGCAAGCCCUCGCUCUCCGCACCCCCGAGGCGAUGCCGAAGGUGAAGAGGAGCAGGAAGCCUCCCCCGGACGGCUGGGAGCUGAUCGAGCCGACGCUGGAUGAGCUGGAUCAGAAGAUGCGAGAAGCGGAGACUGAGCCUCACGAAGGGAAGAGGAAAGUGGAAUCUCUUUGGCCCAUCUUCAGAAUCCAUCAUCAGAAAACACGUUACAUCUUUGAUCUCUUCUAUAAAAGAAAAGCUAUCAGCAGAGAGCUCUACGAGUACUGCAUCAAGGAAGGAUAUGCCGACAAAAACCUGAUUGCAAAGUGGAAGAAGCAGGGUUACGAGAACCUCUGCUGCCUGCGCUGUAUCCAGACGCGGGACACCAACUUCGGAACCAACUGCAUCUGCCGGGUCCCCAAGAGCAAGCUGGAAGUGGGGAGAAUCAUUGAAUGCACUCACUGCGGGUGCAGAGGCUGUUCCGGGUGAAGCCUUUACCUGUAAGACUGCUUUUUGAACGCUGAGGGAUAUCAUCCUGCGCAACAGACUGUCAGCGCAACUACAGCCACCUUCUGUCUGAUGGGGUAUUUCUGUAAAGCAAUUAAACCAGCAGCAUAUUCAUCUGGGUCGUUUACGCAGUGGUGGUGGUUCUGGAGUAGGUUUUUGUGUAGCUGUUUAUUUUAAAAUAAAGUCUGCCUUCUUGA